GGCGCUUUUUGGCUCUUUCGGUGCCCCGGUGGAGGCGGGGGCUCAUCCAUCUCCCGCUCCGGCGGAGGGAUCUGCUUUUUGUAUCUCCCCCUCUGAGCGGCGCCACCACCUUCGCCACCACCACCGGACCCUGCUGCUGCGGAUCCUCCCGCGAGGAGAGAGAGAGCUAGUUUUCACCGAGGGAGCUUCCAGGACGGGACGACCGUGCUCUCGAAAGCGAGAGCCAGACCGAGCGAGCGAGCGAGCGAGAGAGAGAGCCCUCCGAGCGUAGUCUCUCUCUCUCUCUCUCGGCGGGAGUGCUGGCCGAUCGAGGCGCACUUGCCCAACCGGGACGGCCAAGACGGACGGUUCUCUCCGUAUUUUUUUGCCCGUUGGCGACGGUCGGUAUAACGAGGAGGAGCUCUAUUCGCGCCCGGAAGAGUGAGCGCGGUGGUGCCUCGUUGCUCCAGAGGGUGGAGGUUCCUGGAAAGGCCUCGCGAGAAAGGACAAAUUUGCGAGGAUCGGAGCUCACGGGGCGAUCGCGCACAAGCGCGGACUCGCCGCUGGCCGAUCGACAUGACCCGGUUGGGAUUGCGAUUUAUCGCAUCCCUGGCAUGCCUGGUCGUCGCAGCACAAGCCAGAAACGCCUACCCAUAUAAUAGCUCAUGGCCAGAUACCGAUGAAAAUCGACCGCAACGCGGCGAUUUGCCCGGUACAUCGUACGAAAAAGAUGACUACGACGAUGAAAAUUAUUCAGAUGAGUACACGCCGGCCCCACCACCGAUAGGACAUAAUAAAAAUGAAGUACAUCGCGGUUAUUCCAACUCGUGGGAUACCGGCUACGGUCAACAAACCUGGGACGGAUGGGAGGCAGAGGAACGAAGGAGGUACAACGAAAGUCACCGUCUCUCGGUGUCUUCGACUUCAGGUGGCGGGUACGAUACAUCUGGCCGAUCACAACAAGAAUCCCACGAUAGAUACGGUGAGCAGGGAUAUCCCAGCAGCUACAAAGUUUAUCCGGCUCCAGGAGCAAAUAAAAACUGUACUAGUCAAGGCUGCUGCUAUCCCAAAUGUUUUGCUGAAAAAGGCUCGAGGGGACCACCAGGCCUGAUGGGUCCCGUUGGUCCCAAAGGAGAUCACGGUUUUCCGGGAGCAGAAGGAUUUAUCGGCCCAAAAGGUGACAAGGGAGAUCCCGGACCCCAAGGCCAGCGUGGGAUUCGGGGUGAAAGAGGUAAAAUGGGUUUACCUGGCCAUCCCGGACAAAAUGGAGUACCUGGUAGCCCAGGAGCUGCAGGACCUUCCGGUUUACCUGGUCGGGAUGGUUGCAACGGAACUGAUGGAACUCCUGGUCGUUCUGGAUUACCUGGGGAACCUGGUCCACGAGGAUUACCUGGUAUCACUGGAAGCAAGGGAGAUAAAGGAGAAGCUGGUCACUGUGGUAGGCUCUCAGUUGGCCAGAAAGGUGAACCUGGUAUAGACGGAGUACAGGGUGCAAGAGGUAUUCCUGGUCCACAGGGUUAUCCAGGCCCACAUGGACAGAAAGGUGAAAUGGGACCAAUUGGAUUCAGUGGAUCACCAGGAUUAAAGGGAGAAAAGGGUCAUAUGGGACUUGGCUUUGAAGGCCCUAAAGGGGAUAAAGGUAUUAAAGGAGAAGUUGGCCCACCAGGUGAAAGUUAUGCAUCAUUUUUCACGGGAAAAGAUGAGGUAGUGGGUCCUAGGGGAGCAGAAGGACCAAGAGGUGAUAAGGGAGAUAUGGGAGUACCAGGUCAGAAAGGAGAACCUGGAUUCCAAGGAGACAAUGGUUUGCCUGGUUUCAAUGGUCCUAAAGGAGAAAGAGGCUUGCCAGGUGCACCGGGGAUUCGAGGACGCGAAGGGCACUCUGGUCCUCCCGGGCCUCCCGGACGUAAAGGAGAUAGAGGUUUAGAUGGUGCAGAUGGAUUAUCAGGCUUGCCAGGAUUCAAAGGAGAGCCUGGAUUAGAUGGUCCACAAGGUAUUCCAGGUUUACGAGGACCACCAGGUCCCCCAGGAGGUGGGAAAGGACAACCAGGUCCACCAGGCGAAAAAGGACCACGAGGAUAUCCUGGACCAGUAGGUUUGAGAGGAUCAGAUGGGCUUGCUGGUGUUCCAGGGCCUAGAGGUCCUAUUGGACCACCUGGAGGCCCUGGAUUAUCUGGUAUUCCUGGGAUAGAAGGAGCUCCUGGUGAUAAAGGAGCUAAAGGAGACGCCGGACUCACCGGUUUACCUGGAGAAACUGGUCCUCAAGGUUUUAUUGGACCUAUGGGUCCUCCUGGUCCAAGGGGCUUGCAAGGCGAAAAAGGACUAUCGAUUAUCGGCCCGGCUGGGAUGGAUGGGACUACAGGAAGAGAUGGUGCCAAAGGCCAGAAGGGAGAAAGAGGAUAUGGUGGUUCACGAGGUCGCCCAGGUGAUUCUUUAGAAGGAAUUCCAGGUCCUCCAGGUCAACCAGGCAUUGCGGGAGAGCCAGGAGUACCAGGAAGAGAUGGUAGUCCUGGGUUCCCUGGAUUAGUUGGUGAGAAAGGAGAAGCUGGUGGUAAAUGUUCCCAAUGCCUUCCUGGACAAAAAGGAGUUAAAGGAGAUCGUGGCCUGGAUGGGCAAGAUGGGCUACCAGGUCUUAGAGGACCACCUGGAGAACAUGGUUUUCCUGGUGAAGCAGGUGCUGACGGACUACCAGGUCCUAGUGGUCUUCCUGGCGAACGAGGUACAGAUGGAGUGCCUGGUGCUCCAGGACCACAAGGAGAAUCGGGAAAAGACUGUUUAAUUACAAAAGAUCAGUGUAAACUAGAAAAAGGCAUGAAAGGAGAUCGUGGUGAUGAUGGAAGACCAGGGCCUCGAGGUCUUGAAGGUCCUCCUGGUGAAAAAGGCAUAGCAGGCAGUCCAGGUUUUCCAGGUCCCAAGGGAGACAUGGGUGAUCAAGGCUUUCCAGGACAAAGUGGAACGCCUGGAAGACCUGGAAUUCCUGGAAGAAAAGGCGAAAUGGGUUUAAGCAUUAAAGGUGAACAGGGUGAUUUGGGUAGUGAUGGAUAUCCUGGUCCAAAGGGAGAACCAGGAUUUCCUGGAAUGCAAGGAGAUCCAGGAAUUUGUCCACCCUUAAAUGUUGAACAUGCUGCUGUUGGGCCUCCUGGAGACAGAGGCCAAAAAGGUGAACCAGGUCUUCGUGGUUUUGAUGGAGAGAAGGGUGACAGAGGUUAUUCAGGUGAACCAGGUUUACCAGGACCACCUGGCCCCAUUGGAGCACCUGGACCAACAGGUCCCAGAGGAUUACCAGGUCCUCGUGGAGAUAAAGGUAACACCGGUCCUAUGGGAUUUCCUGGCGAGCAUGGUGCUUUAGGACAGAGAGGUUUUCCUGGUUUGAACGGGCCGAAAGGUGUCAAGGGAGAACCAGGCAUUUCAGUCAAAGGAAGUAUUGGUUUACCUGGAGCGCCUGGUCCAAAGGGAGAUAAAGGAGGACCUGGACCAGUUGGAGAGGAAGGACCAGUUGGUUACCCAGGUUUACCAGGAUUUUCAGGGGAAAAAGGUGAUAUUGGAGAACCAGGACUCAAUGGAAUUCCAGGAGUCCCUGGUGAAAAAGGUGAUACUGGACCCAUGGGCCCUCCAGGUCCAGCUGGAAUCACAGGAACGCCUGGUACAGAUGGCUACAAAGGUGAAAUGGGACCCCCUGGAGAACCAGGAAGAAUCGGAUUAACUGGAUUACCUGGUAUGAAAGGUGAUAUAGGUGUUCCUGGUAUCGAUGGUCCAAAAGGUUUUCCUGGACGUAGAGGACCACCUGGUUUGCAAGGGCAACCCGGUUUAGAUGGUGCACCAGGUUUAAAAGGAGAAAGAGGCGAGAAAGGUUUGCAAGGUUUUCCUGGUAUGCCUGGUAUGGAUGGAAAACCAGGACUCCUUGGUGAACCUGGUCCUAAGGGAGAUGUGGGAUUCCCCGGAGAGCCUGGAAGAAUGGGUCCGAUUGGUCUCGAAGGGGAAAAAGGAGAUCAUGGAGAAUUAGGUUUUCAAGGUCAAAAAGGAGAGCCAGGACAGGUAUCAGAAAAAGGUCAAAAAGGCGAAACUGGAAUGCCUGGUAUAAGAGGGCCUCAAGGACCACCUGGUCGAGAUGGUAUAGAUGGCGAAAAAGGUGAGCCAGGUCAACCAGGUUAUGGCCGAGAUGGCCUUCCAGGGGAUAAGGGAGAGCCAGGUUUACCAGGAAGAGAUGGAACACCUGGUUUUAGAGGAGAUAAAGGAGACAUGGGAAUUCGCGGUUUCCCUGGUUCGAAAGGAGAUAUUGGAUUCCCAGGAACACCAGGAGAACCCGGAGAACCUGGAAUAGAUGGAAUAGAUGGAACAAAGGGAGAUAUUGGACCAAUGGGAUCAGUAGGUUUUCCUGGUUUGGAUGGAGAAAUGGGUCCCCCUGGAAGACCUGGUUUCGACGGAUUAAAGGGAGAAAGAGGUCCAGAAGGACCUGAGGGGCAUACUGGCUACCCUGGACAACCAGGUGAAAAAGGAGAUCAUGGUCCUCCUGGGUUGAUUGUGAAUGUAAAAGGAGAAAAAGGAGAACCUGGACUACCAGGUUAUCCAGGACGUGAUGGCGAAAAGGGUGAUGUUGGAUUUCCUGGCCCACCAGGAUUCACCGGAGAAAGAGGAGAUAAGGGCGAGUCUGGCAGUCCAGGUUUCCCAGGCCAACCAGGAAUUCCAGGAGAUAAGGGGGAUCGCGGACCUUCUGGACCUUCGGGACCUCCUGGCUUAACUAUUAGGGGAGAAAAAGGCCUUCCUGGGUUGCCUGGUAAACAUGGAAGAGACGGUUUCCCUGGAUUAGCAGGCUCUAAAGGAGAUAGAGGCUUGCCGGGUCUUCCAGGUAUGAAAGGAGAACUUGGUGUUCCUGGUCCGAUUGGGCCAGCUGGACCCAAGGGAGACAUGGGUCUUCCUGGUCCUACUGGUUUGCCGGGACGCGAUGGUGCUCCUGGAUUGGAUGGCAUGACUGGAUUAGAAGGUGAAAGAGGACCAAAAGGAGAUCAAGGUCCACCUGGAUUAUAUUCGGGUCCUGGUCAAAAAGGAGAAGUCGGUUAUCCUGGUCGUGACGGUUUGGAUGGUAAGAAAGGAGAGAAAGGUGAUAGAGGUUGGGACGGAGUCGCUGGUUUAACAGGGUCUGUGGGAGAAAAAGGAGACAAGGGUUACCCAGGAUUGGAUGGUGUUAUUGGAGCUGCAGGGUUAGAAGGAGAGAAAGGAGAUAAGGGAGAAGCUUGCAUAGCUCUUCCUACUGGUCGAGGAGAAAAAGGAGAUAGGGGUUUCCCAGGACCCAUUGGGCCUCCUGGACCACAAGGUCAAAAAGGAGAUCAAGGACUUCCAGGUUAUCCUGGAGUUAAUGGCCCUAAAGGUGUCCAAGGAUUAGUUGGACCUCCAGGGAUUCCAGGUUUAAGAGGAUUGCCAGGUUUGCAAGGGCCUCAAGGUCCAACAGGUCUUUUAGGACCACCUGGAGCACCAGGAAUUCCAGGUGAAUCUGGUGCACCAUGUGAAACUACUCCUGACUAUCUUACUGGCAUACUUUUGGUCAAACACAGUCAAAGCCAAACAGUUCCAGAAUGUGAUCGAGGACAUUUCAAGCUAUGGGACGGUUACAGUCUUUUAUAUACCGAUGGCGAUGAAAGAGCGCAUUCCCAAGACUUAGGUUAUGCUGGAUCCUGCGUAAGAAAGUUUUCGACAAUGCCUUUCCUGUUUUGUGAUGUAAAUAGUGUGUGUCACUAUGCCAGUAGAAAUGAUCGAUCUUACUGGUUGUCAACAAACAGUCCGAUUCCUAUGAUGCCAGUAGAAGAAACCGAGAUAGAGGAAUACAUUUCUAGGUGCGUCGUAUGUGAAGUUCCCGCAAAUGUCUUAGCUGUGCACAGUCAAUCGGUCACAAUUCCUGAUUGUCCUGAAGGAUGGUCCGGUCUUUGGAUUGGAUACAGUUUCGUUAUGCAUACUGGAGCUGGUUCUCAGGGUGGCGGACAGUCUCUAUCUAGUCCGGGGUCUUGUCUAGAGGACUUCCGUGCAACUCCAUUCAUCGAGUGUAACGGAGGCAAGGGACACUGCCAUUACUAUCCCAACGAGUUCAGUUUCUGGAUGGCCACGAUUGAAGAUCGUGAUCAAUUCCAGAAACCAAAUAAGCAGACCCUCAAGGCAGGAAGUCUGCGCUCCAGAAUAAGUCGCUGCCAAGUGUGCCUGAAAAACACGUAAUAAAUCCACGUGCCCUUAGCGUGAUUGUGACAGAUCAUGUCGCCAAAUGCAUUUCGAUUGUGCAUUGCUGUUCAUUCGUUACGCAAAAAAUAAAAAAGCUGCCGAUAUACUAUGUUACGAACGAUAAAUCUUCUUUAAAGCGAAAACACGAGAAAAGUUAUUAAAAUGAAUAACUCAUUAUAGAAAUAAGUACAUCGAUAAAAGCUCUGUUCAGCGUUACCUUUCUUUAUUUUUUCUUUUUCUUCUGAAAUUGUUGUGGUUUCUUUAAGUGUUACCCUCAUUAUUUUUCAUUUUACCACAACCUUCUUUAAUCUGUUUCACUGUAUCUAUUCCUUUCGGUAUCUUCUUUUUUCCUUUUGCUAUUUUUAUAAGUACCUUAGCAUAUUACCUAGUAUGUAAAGUAAAAUAUAUAUUUAUAUAAAUAAAUAUACCUACAUACAUGUAUUUGUAUGUAUGGUUGUUUAUUUAUUGCGUACGUAUUCGUUAUCAAUUUAUAAUCACUGCCUUUAUCGAGAUACGGCACUUUCUAUAUGAACUGUAUAUUUCAAUACAGAAGGAAAUGAGAUAAAAUUAAGCAUGAUAAUGAAAACCAAAUAUUUAAAUACAUAGAUAUUUUUCUACUAUAGUCAGUGUCAGUGUAUAACUCUAAUUUUAUAUUUAAUUUUGGAAUGUGCAUAGUCAUAAAAGCUUAGACAGUGUUAUAACUAAUUGCAUUGCUUUCUUUUAUUGUAUUUGUACAUUUCGUCUGCGUGUUGAAAGACAGUUAAAAAAACAUUUAUUUAUGUACGAAUAUAAAAGCAAAUCCAUGCGAUGUCAUCGACAUAAUUUUUAAAUAAAGAAUUGCUUUACAUCGUAAUUGUUGAUAGUCAAUGGUCAAUCGUUAAAAUUAUCCUAUUUUUAUUUCAAAUAAAUUUUUAUGCUUUUUAUGUUAUUAAACUUAAUUUUUUUAUUAAAACCAA